UUGUGCUCUACAAUGUGGCCAUGUCGCCCUCGUUUUUGCGGAGGCUGGGACUGGCCAUCGACAAGAUCGCAGCGCUCGCAGCAGCGCCUUGAGGUCGCUGUGGCGGAGGUUUGGUGCCGCGUGUUGGCAUUACCUGCCGGAGGCAUCAAGUUGAGCGAUAGCUUCCUGGAGCUUGGUGGGGAGUCACUCUUGGCACUUCGGGUUUGUGCUGCUUUGCGCUACGAACUCGCUGGCAGAGAGGCUCCAGACGAUGAUGAAGCUCCAGGUGCUGAAGAGGCCCAGUUUGGCCAGAUGUCCGGUGCAUUUGCUGUAUCGGAACUUUUAAUGGCGCCCAGCUUGGCGGAGUACUGCAUUUUUCUUCGCCGCCACAACGUCACUGUUGAUGCUGCUGGACAAGCAUCCGAAGGAGAAUCGUCAGUGAAUCGUGGCGGAUCGAAACCGGAGGCCUUUGCUCGACGCCUGUGCCAAAGUGCACGUCAAAGAGGCCCAGGUGCAAGGCAAGCCCUGGCGUCGUUGUUAGACUCUGUGAGUCAACAGGAGUCUGCUCGUUGGUGUGGCGCAACGAGAGAUGCUGGUUUCAAUGCUCUUCAUGCAGCUGCGCAAGGAAAUGCCGUGGAAUGUCUUCAACUCUUGCUGGAGAGGAAGGCAAAGACAACAUCCACCGAGGGUGGUGCAGCGAUGAUGCCAAUGCACUACGCAGCAAUGGCAAAAGGGCCAGAAGCCUUGAAUCUGUUGCUAAACGCUAAAGCACCCCUGACAGUGCGUGACGCCCGAGGGCAGUCCCUUUUGCAUGCUGCCGCUCGCAGUGGUGCGGAUCAAUGCGUCAAAUAUCUCUUGCAGAUGGCCGAGAAGGAGAAGCAAGGAGUGCGACAGAGAAAUGGCGAAGCUCGAAAGCUCCUUGAAUGGAGUGACAGAUGGGCCCGAACUGCUGUGCACUGGGCGGCAUUGAAUGGACAUGUCGAGGUACUGAAGCUCCUGUUGGAUGCCAAGGCCAAUGCAGCGCCAAAGCUCAUCACCGAACACCAGAUGGCAAAGAGGACGCACCUCGUUCAGGAACAGCCCCUUGAUGUGGCACUGCGAGUACAUGGGCCUAACAGUGAGGUGGUCCGCCAGCUGCAAAAUGCCUUGGAGGAGGAGGAUCCUUUGAGGGAUGAUAAAGAUGAGGAUGCUCAGCUGCCAGAGUAUGUGAUGACUCUGAGUCAAGGAGGUCUUGAUCGUUUGGCACUUUGGGAGUUGAGACGAUUGAGGGCAAAGAACAUCAAGAGAGUUCAAUGCCGUAUCUUUUUCCGUGCAUCAUGCGGACCCCAUGUCCUCGCUUCCUUGAAGUCCGCUGAGAAGGUUUGCGCUGUGGUCUUGCGAGCAGAUGGUCAAGAGCUGGCCAGUGUCUUGCAAAAGCAAAGUGGUGAUGGAGACCAGAAGCUGCAGGCCUUGGCGAACUGGCUUACCGAUGCUCCUGGAUGGAGAAAGGCUAUUGCCACAUGGUGGAAGUUCAAUGGAACCUAUGGAACCUCUGAAGGGAGCGAAGGUUCAAAGUCUCAAACUCCUCUAACGUUCAAGAUUACCUGCAGACGGUCCGGUAAAAAGUUUGCAGAGAUCUCCUCGCAAGGUUUAGCAGUUGCAGCUGCCUCAGCCAUUGCUGCGCGUCAAGGCUGGCGAGCACAGGUUCGGCGUCCUGACCUGGAGGUCCGGAUAUUAGUGAGCGAUUCAGACAUUUUGGUGGAUUUGCCUCUCCUAGUCCAGAGCUCCAUGAGACUCGCUGGAGAGCUGUCGAGCUCUGGCAUGGCCGCACCCGUGGCUUGGGCCAUGGCCCGAUGUGCAGAACUGCAACCUGGAGAAAGGGUCUUAGAUCCCAUGUGUGGCAAGGCAGUCAUCCUCGUCGAGGCAGCUUUGAGUUGGCCCCUUUGCCAUUACAUUGGUAUCGACAUUGAUGCGGAGCAAUUGGCUGGUGCCAACAGCAACGCCUUUUUGGCUGCUGCCAGUGGUGCCCGACUGGAUUUGCUACAAGGGGAUGCUUGCAGAUUGCCUUUGCCCGACGCUUCGGUCGAAGUCGUGAUUUGCGAUAUCCCCUUCGGCCGGCAAUACGGCACAAUUGAAGGGUGCAGAGAUACUUUGUACAAGGCAAUUCUAGAGGAGUUUGACCGAGUUAUCAAACCAGGGCCGGAAGGAAGGGCAGUUCUCAUAUCCUCCCUGGAGCAGGAACCAUGGGUCAUCAAGGAAGCCAAGCUUGAAACCACGGAGGCGGCCUGGCGCUGCAGUGCACGUCGGGAGUUGAAGCUGGGGUUCUUGGAUGCCUCCAUCGUGGUCCUACGUCGCAGGGCACCAGGAGAAGCAAUAGCAGCAGUUCCUGAGCUGUCCAAGAGACUUUGGUCCCUUGAUCUGCACUUUUGCACCAAGGAAGGAGCCAACAUGAGCCAACCCUGUCAACUUGGCUGUUGAAAUUCUGGUAGGUAGCAAAUCUAUGCAAACCUUAGAAGGUCCAAAUCCGAGUAAGCACUCAAAGUCGAAGACGUAGGUGAUGUUUUUUCAACUCGUUUCAGGUGGGAGACGUCAGCUGGUCGAGGGGAUUGGGCUUCCUUGAAGGUCUCUGAGCGACCGCCGAUGCAAAUAACAAGAAAUAGAGAAAUCUGAAAUCACGAAAAAAUGGAUUGAAGAACUGAAGUGAAAA